CAAACAGGGUCACAGGGCGGAGCAGUUCAUCGUUUACGUGCUGAACUUGCCUUGCGUGCUAGGAUAGGAAUGAGUUUGAAGCAGGUAAUGCCACAUGGAGACAGACGGAUAUUGGAGAAGAAUUUUUCCUUAGUUUUGAUCACUUACCCAAUAGCUGUCAUAAAUUCAACUAUUUUUUCAACGGAUUACCACUGUUUCAUAUAAUAAUAGCUUUCCUGUAGCUUGAACAGUAGGACAUGGAGCUAAAAAUGCCAUGGUUUCAGGAAGUGUGUAUCUUAAAUGAAAUACUCCAGGAUUUGUUCAAGGUUGGAUGCGCGUGCCCUUGUCGCUGGCGCGUGCCCCGUCCUUCAGCAGAAUCCCUGCGCGCGAUAACGCGUCAGCAUCAAGCAAAGGAUCACUAAUAUUUCCAAUGAAUGAUACGACUGAUAGCUGACGAACUGGACGAGCUUGAUCCACUCUGGCAUCGCGGAUCCAUACAUCAGGGGGAGACGGGGCGUGUUUGAGGUGUAUAUAUCCACUGGAGUAGCUGUUUUACUGAGUUUUUGAACCAUGGCGAAGAACAACAGCCUCCAUCCAAACAGCAACGGAGAGACGGACGACUCACCAAACAUGCUGGUUUACAGAAAGAUGGAGGAUGUGAUUGCCAGGAUGCAGGAUGAAAAAAAUGGCAUACCUAUCCGUACGGUGAAGAGUUUCCUGUCCAAGAUUCCCAGUGUCUUCUCUGGUUCAGACAUUGUCCAGUGGCUGCUGAAGAAUCUUUGUAUUGAAGAUCAAGUGGAGGCUCUUCAUCUGGGCACACUGAUGGCAGCUCACGGCUACUUCUUCCCCAUCUCCGACCACGUGCUCACACUUAAAGACGACGGCACAUUCUACAGAUUUCAGACUCCGUAUUUCUGGCCCUCAAACUGCUGGGAGCCCGAGAACACCGACUACGCUGUGUACUUGUGCAAAAGAACAAUGCAGAACAAAGCACGUCUGGAACUUGCUGAUUACGAAGCUGAGAGUUUAGCACGACUACAGCGGGCAUUCGCCAGAAAAUGGGAGUUUAUAUUUAUGCAAGCAGAGGCUCAAGCGAAAGUCGAUAAGAAAAGAGACAAAAUUGAGAGGAAAAUACUGGACAGUCAGGAGAGAGCUUUCUGGGAUGUUCACAGACCAGUGCCAGGGUGUGUGAACACAACAGAAGUGGACAUAAAGAAAUCAUCCAGAAUGAAGAACCCUCACAAAACAAGAAAGUCUGUGUACGGCCUUCAAAAUGACAUUCGCAGCCAUAGCCCCACCCACACACCUGCCCCUGAGGCUAAGCAGCCAACCGAGGAAGAGCUUCGGGAACAGAUCAAGUUUUGGCAAGCACAGUUAGACCGACAUCGAUUGAAAAUGUCCAAAGUUGCAGAGAGUUUGCUGAGUUAUACUGAACAGUAUUCAGACUAUGACCCCUUCCUAUCCACUCCUGAUCCAUCCAACCCCUGGAUAUCAGAUGACACAACGCUCUGGGAGAUGGAGGCCAGUAAGGAACCCGGUCAGACUAGAGUUAGACGUUGGGGAUUUGGAAUCGAUGAGGUGCUGAAAGAUCCUGUUGGGAGAGAGCAGUUCCUCAAGUUCCUGGAGUCUGAAUUUAGCUCGGAAAACCUUAGAUUCUGGCUGGCAGUGCAGGAGUUAAAGAGGAGGCCGAUCCGUGAGGUCCCAACACGGGUGCAGGAGAUCUGGGAGGAGUUUUUGGCUCCCGGAGCUCCGAGUGCCAUUAAUGUUGAUUCAAAGAGCUACGACAAAACAACACAGAAUGUCAAAGACCCCGGACGAUACGCUUUUGAGGAUGCACAGGAACACAUCUAUAAGCUGAUGAAGAGUGACUCUUACAGCCGGUUUAUUAGAUCCAGUGCCUAUCAGGAGCUUCUGCAGGCUAAGAAAAAGAAAAGUAAGAACUUGUUUUGAAGGAAGGCAUUGCUUCCAGGGAAAAUCUCUGAUAUCAAAGAGGCUGCCUGCUGUCGUCCAAUCUUGCUGAGCCUCAAACAAUCCACUAAGGAUGAGGACGCUGUCAUCUUCAUCUCUGUCGUCUGAUUGGUCCAGAACCCCAGAUAUCCUGGACAACGGACCAAAUCACAUGCAUGUCCAAGAGACUGAAUUUUUACAUCAGUUUCUACUUGCUACUUGCUAGUUUCAGUCUUUAAGACAGUUAGACAUGGACUUCUAAUAUUUGGGAAAUGCAGCAAUGUCUUUCAAAAGAGGAAAAUGAUCUUCUCCUCUCCUCUUCUGUCUGUCAGGACUGUCUCCAACUGUAGACCGAUCAAAUGAUGUCAAAUCCAGAAAAUUUAAAGUCAUAACCACAGUUAAAUAUAACAGCAUAGGCACAUUGUAUAAAAUCAAGAAGCUUUAGACACAGAGAUGAUCUCUUCCUACUCACCUUUCAUCUCUUUUUGCAUUGAUUUUAUUGCACUAUAAAGGAUUUAGCACACGUUUGCUUAUCGCACAUGUGAAGUCGCAUGGGAUAUAUCUGAAAGCGACUGGUCUUGCAAUCUGUCUCGUCGGUUCUUUGUUGGCUCCCUCCGUUUAUUUUUUUAUACCAUGUGUAAACACUUUUACUUGAAGAUGUAUUAAAGUCAGUCCUUUAUUCGAAAGUCA